AUGGCGCAAUUCCCUUCCCCUCUUGAACGCACCGUUGCUUCUGCUCUGCUCCUCCUCUCCACUCCGCCGCCUCUUCCGCCGCCUCCUCCGCCCUCUCCUCCACCUACGCCGAAUUCUCAAGAUAAAUGGCUGUUUGAGAACAACGUUAUUGGAGGAAAAUGCUCCACGGAGAUUUCGCCGUUUUGUGAUUAUUCCAACUCUUCCUCUUCCAUACUCACUGUAUCAAAUGAAUCGUCCGAGACUCGAGCGAAGGAACCGUUGUUGUUUUCUACUCCGCCUUGUCUCGAUGAGCUAAAGCUUACUGUCGUGAGAAAGAGUCGUUCUAAGAUAAUACGGAUUUCCGAGAAGUGGAAUCUCAGUUCUACAGACGAUGUUACCUUAUCUUCAGACUCGGCGUCCUCGGAGACAACUUCUUGUUUGUCAAGCAGCUCAAGCGUGGUCACAAGAGCGCCGAUCCAUCGCCUGGUUGCACGAGCAGAGAAGAAGUUAGAAAUGAUCCGUCACGCGUGGAGGAAAAAGCAGGUGGCAUCGGCUCAUAUGCGACGGCGUGCGGAAGCCAUUCUGAGUUACCUCUCCGGUGGCUGUUCGUCUGAGGUGAAGAUACGGCAAGUGAUUGGAGACAGCCCUGACACAAGCAAGGCUCUCAGAAUGCUUUUGAAACUUGAAGAGAUCAAAAGAUCCGGAACAGGUGGGCGUCAAGAUCCCUAUAUGUACAAGAUUGCUUGA